AUGCUUAAAUCAGCUAAGAGUAGUAACUUUGGUAGAGUAAUAGUAAAAGGUAAGAAAGUAGUUGUCCUUUUUACUAGGGUAUUGUUACCUAUUUAUAGGGAAGUGAAAGUGGGAGGUGUGUGUAGAUUUCUGAUGUGGGACUUUGUGCAAGUCGUUGUGGUGGUGACACGUGUCACGGAGAGUAGUUUUGGCAAUUUGGGAGCUUCGGCAGGUGCUUGGCACCUGAGGAUUCGAACCAAUGACCUCCAAUACCCAAUAAUUGGUCCUUACCACUAG